AUGUCAGAAUCUUUCUGGAUUGAGCCAGCGGCGCCAACUGGUCCCCCUGUUCCUUCUGUGGACCGAGGAGAAUGGAUUGGUGACUGGCAACAAGUCUAUGCCAGAGAUAUUAUCGACUCGCCUCUUAUAUCCGUCGACUCCGAUACUUCUGUCGAGGACGCUUGCGAACUUCUACUAUCCGAGGAUAUUAUGUGCCUUGCCGUAAGGGCACAGAGUCAAGAUGCUAAUUCCCCAUCAUACGCGGGCUUGUUCGAUUUUUCCGACGUGAAUGCCUUUCUGACGUUGGCUGCGACGAGGCACACUUUCCUUCCAGAAUUUCUGGCUCAGAACCCGAAGAUCGAUGGUAUUGUCGCCGCCGCUAGGGCAGGCAGAGUCCCCGUGAAGCUCGUUUCUGAUUUAUCUGAGAAGAAUCCCUUGAAGACUGUCAGAAAUGAUGCUAGUAUCAUAGCCCUCCUCGAAGUCUUUGCUGGAGGGGCCCACCGAGUUCUAGUCAAAUCAGAAUCUCCAGACGAGCCAUUCAUAGGGAUGGUCUCUGACCGUAGUCUGCUCUCGUGGUUUCAUUCGUAUGCACAGCGCACUCCAUCCUUCUGCGAGUAUCUCUCUCAUCCCUUAUCUUCCCUUGGCCUCCCCUCCCUAAAUAUCCAUUCGUCUGUGGUUGCUGCUUCUUCGGUUGCAUCUGUGCUAGACGCCAUGAAGCUCAUGAGCGAGGAAGGCGUGAGCAGUGUUGCAGUGGUUGAUGAAGAAUCUGGCGCCCUACUCAGCGCAGUCAGUGUCACGGAUAUAGGAAAGAUUGUCGUUCCAUCCGAAAGUAACCAAAUCCUUUCCACGCCGUUGCAACAGUUCAUUGCUCAGAUCAAGGAACCCGAUGGCUCGUUGGACGGCGCCGAUAAGUACCCAGUCUAUUCAAUUUCACCAUCGACCCCAUUGUCAUAUACCAUGGAGAAGCUCCUAGCAACCAAUUCCCACAGACUAUUCGUGACCAGGGAAUCUGGUCCGGGUACUUCACCAGUCAUUUCGCCCUCUUAUUCUACUAAUUUGACUGGGAUUGUUUCCGUCGUCGAUGUUCUCUCCCUCUUCGCUCGCCUUGCGGACAUACCCAACGUUGAUCCCACCAGAAUGCAGAGGCAUCGUCGUGCAUCGUCUGCAUCUUCGCAUUCCUCAAUGUCGGACUUGGAUAUCAUUAGAUCUCGGUCGAGUAGCCGGACAAGUACUCGACGAAGCCCGAGGAUAAUGCCCGUGUCACCACCAUCGGUCAUAUCAGAUCUACACUAA